GCUUAUUUGGUGGAGGGAUAGGACAAAUCAUCCAGUCAUUCUGUGACAUUGGUCUUAUCUAUCGGGAUUUCUUAAAACAAGUGACUAUGAGAUCGCCUCUUGCUCUUCUAUUCUUCCUUUCAUUUGCUAUCCUGGAGACUGAGGGUUGUCACGUGGGCUGGAUACAGUUUCAGGACAAAUGUUAUUUUUUCAGCCACACCGCGGCCACUUGGUUCGGUGCAGGAAGCACGUGUUUACUGUUCCACGCAAAGCUGGCUGAACCACGAUCUUACGAUGAAAUAAAUUUCUUACGAAGCCAUAGCCAGUCUUUAAAUAGACAUAUGUGGAUCGGGGUGUCGGACAUUAUAGAAGAGGGUCGUUUUGUAUAUACUUCCACACAAGAAGUAGUUCAAUACACUGAUUUCGAACCUGGAGAGCCAGGCGGUCACCUGAGUCAGAACUGUGUCAUCCUUUGGAAUGAUUUUCAUGGAAAAUGGGCAGAUUUUUAUUGUGCCUCACGUUUAUAUUACGUCUGUGAAGAGAUUGUAACGUCCUAUCCAGGAAAUGUAAUUGGUUGAAAAUCUGAAUUCAUCAGGACAUCACCGACGAGCCGGUGAAAAUUUGUUAUGACCAAGUAUAUUGAAAUAAUUUGAAAGCCGAUAUUUGUGUAAUUCACAAUCAUGAUUUUUACCCAAUUAUCGCAUUAAAAUAAUUUAAAUU